CAUUUUUAAAAAUAAGUUCGACUGUUGAUUUGCAGAAAGAGGUGCAUGUAUCAAGUGCGAAUAUAUAAUUUUUUCAAUUAAAUCAAAUGGACCAAUUACAAAUCUUUUUCAUGAUCUUGUUUGUGGACGACAUACCCCCAAAAGCUUUUCAAAUUUGUUUGUACUUUUUGCCAACUUGUUACCCAACUUGCUCUCUUGUUAAUUACAUCCAAUAAUUGCCUCUCCCAUUAGUACAUAAUUUUCUUCUUGAUUUAAUUAAGUUGUGAAAAUGCACACUUCCCCUUUAGGAUGGUAAUCAUGGAAGCACAUAUAUAUAGUAUUUCCACUCAUAUUCUUUAAUACAGUGAGUAUAUAUAUCAACAAGAAAGAUAUCGAAGAAAAAAUGGAUUUGAAGAUUCAAGACGAGAAACAAACUUCAAAUUCCGUGGAAUCAUCAUCACUCGAAGAUACUUCCUCGAGUGAUACUUCUUCCAAGGAAAAUGACUUCUGCCCAAAACGUCUCCAGAAGGAGGCUAAACACUAUAUAGGUGUCAGAACAAGGCCAUGGGGAAAAUUUGCAGCUGAAAUUAGGGAUUCCACCCGAAACGGAAUUAGGGUUUGGCUUGGAACUUUCAACAGCGCGGAAGAAGCGGCCAUGGCUUAUGAUCAAGUUGCUUUGUCAAUGAGAGGUCCAUCCACUUACCUGAAUUUCCCAGUUGAAAGAGUAAGCAAAAUGUUACAAGAAACGGAAAUGUGUAAUUUAUUCAAGAAUGGAUUGUCACCAGCAGCAGCUUUAAAGGAGAAACACAAAAAGAGAAGUAGUAAUAUUUCAAGAAAGAAAGGGAAAAAGAAACAAGUAAUAAAUGAGGAAGAAGAUAAUAUUGUAUUCAUAUUUGAAGAUUUGGGAAGUGCUCUCUUGGAUGAACUCUUGUCUGAGUAUUCUAGUUCAAAUUAGAAUACUCAAUUUCCAU